CGAGCCCUGCCCCAGACCUCCUGGUUCCAAUUUCUCCCUGUCAGCUGUGCUCUCAGCUGUCCACUGUCCUCCAGCCCUGUCACUUCAGCUCUGCCACCACGGUGAGAGGCUCCAAGGCCUACCUACUAAUACUGUCUGGGUAGCUGGUGUGGGUCCAGAAGGUACCAGAAAGGGGGCUUACCUCCCUGAAGGAAGAGGGCUAGCCCUCCCCAGCAGCACCAUCAAGGUCUCAGAGACCCCUUUCCACAGUGAACUGACUUAGGGAGUCUGGAAAGCUCCCCUUCGAGGGCCACCCUACUGUGUGCAGCAGGACUGCUGGAAUAGAAGAACAGCAGACAGAGAUUAGAACUCAUAGCGGGGCCCAAUCUCUUGUAAGAUGACAGAAAAGGAAGUGGUGGAGUCCCCUCAGCCCCCCUUUCCAGGAGAGACUCCGCAAAGUGGGCUACAGCGACUGAAGCAGUUAUUCAAGAAGGGCUCUCCAGAGACAGCUGAGAUGGAGCCUCCCCCAGAGCCCCAAGCCAAUGGAGAGGCGGUGGGGGCUGGGGGUGGGCCCAUCUACUAUAUCUAUGAGGAAGAAGAGGAGGAGGAGGAAGAGGAGGAACCACCCCCAGAACCUCCUAAGCUCGUCAACGACAAGCCCCACAAGUUCAAAGAUCACUUCUUCAAGAAGCCCAAGUUCUGCGAUGUCUGUGCCCGGAUGAUUGUGCUCAAUAACAAGUUUGGACUCCGCUGCAAGAACUGCAAAACCAACAUCCAUGAGCAUUGUCAGUCCUACGUGGAGAUGCAGAGAUGCUUCGGCAAGAUCCCACCUGGUUUCCGUCGGGCCUAUAGCUCCCCACUCUACAGCGACCAACAGUACGCUGUCUCUGCUGCCAAUCGCAAUGACCCCGUGUUUGAAACCCUGCGCGUCGGGGUGAUCAUGGCAAACAAGGAACGGAAGAAGGGGCAGGCAGAUAAGAAAAAUCCUCUGGCAGCCAUGAUGGAGGAGGAGCCAGAGUCAGCCAGGCCAGAGGAGGGCAAGUCACAGGAUGGAAACAAUGCAGAAAAGGACAAGAAGGCCGAGAAGAAAACUCCUGAUGACAAAAACAAGCAGCCUGGCUUCCAGCAGUCUCAUUACUUUGUGGCUCUCUAUCGGUUCAAAGCCCUGGAGAAGGACGACCUGGAUUUCCCGCCAGGGGAGAAGAUCACAGUCAUUGAUGACUCCAAUGAGGAGUGGUGGCGGGGGAAAAUCGGAGAGAAAGUCGGAUUCUUCCCUCCAAACUUCAUCAUUCGGGUGCGGGCUGGAGAACGUGUGCACCGCGUGACCAGAUCGUUUGUGGGGAACCGCGAGAUUGGACAGAUCACUCUCAAGAAGGACCAGAUCGUAGUGCAGAAAGGAGAUGAAGCUGGUGGUUACGUCAAGGUCUACACCGGCCGCAAGGUGGGGCUGUUUCCCACCGACUUCCUGGAGGAGAUUUAAGAGUACUGGUGCCUGCUGGCGGGAGACACCCACUCCUCGUUCUGGGCGGGGCCCAGUGCGAGCUGGGGAGGGAAGGGGCAAGGGGAGGGAGUACUGGAUGAGGAGGGUCGGAAAGGCCCACCAGAGCAUAAUGACGUUUCUGGGGAGGGUCUGGUUCCCACCUCUCUCCCCUGCCUAGGGCUCCGGAUACCUGGUGCGCUGAGCAGCCUGCACCGAUUAGGCCCACACUUCAGGUUCAUCCAACUUUCAAGAGCUUGGGGGUGGGGGUGGGGGAGCAUCUCCAUAAGGAGGGGCAGAACUGUCAAAUGUUUCGAAUUUAUUAAAGUUUUAACAAAAGUUAGAAAA